CUUAUCGGUUGUAAAGUUUAUAGUUGUUGUGACCGUUUGACGCAGGUAAUUGACGAAAGUAUUUGUAAAGAAGAUUAAUUUAUUAAUUUAGUUAUUUUACGUUAUAAUUUAUCUUUAAAGUAAGGUAAUUUGUGUGCUUAAAUCUGUUAAACGUUGGUGAAGUGAAGAUGGUUGCCAUAACUGAAGAUGUUCGGAAUCUCUUCAAUGAGGUUCUCCAAGAAAUAUCACAAAAUAUAUACCAUAUGAUGGAAGAGUUGUGGACCAAUUGGUCACAUUUAGGAGUUGAUAAUGCAAUUAAAAUUAGCAAUAUCACUAAACUAGUACAAAUUGAAAAGGAUCUUCAUCGUGAAGUUAUAUUGGAGACUCAGCAAAAAUUCAAAACGAUGCAGAGUCAAAUUGAUAAACUCAAAGAAGAAACUGAGGAACUCAGUAGAUGUCUUUCCGUAGACAUAACAAUAAUGGAUUUUAAAGAGGAUAUGUUGUUAUUUGAUUAUAAGAAAGAACUUGAAAAUCAAAUUGCAGGGUAUAGGGAACAAGUACUUCAACGGCGAAUGAAAAUGGAGAGAUUGCUUGAGUGGCAGAAGGAUAUUGGAGAGAAGCUCGGAACUACCAUCUACGAACUUCAAGAUGUGCCAUUACCGUCUGAAGAGGAAUUGGAUAAAUUAAAAAAUCACCUAGAGGUGCUACAGGCGGAACGAGAUAAAAGGGUAGAAAUAUUCUUGAAUACCCAAGUGGAAAUAAAGGACAUUAUGGAAAAGUUACAUAUAAAACCACAAAAUAAAUUUGAACAGUUAGUGGUAUCAUCAUUGUCAGUGGACUUUAAGGUGACAGACCUUAACAUGGACAGACUGGCCAAGUUGCAACAGGAUCUACAGGAUAAAUAUCAACAGACAAAUAAUCGAGUGUUAGAGUUACGGGAACGUUUAGCAAAACUUUGGGAUUGUCUUGAAGAGGAUCAUAUAUACAGAGAGAAUUUCUUACAAGCACACAUUGGUUGCAACCCUGAUACUGAGAAUGCUUUAAAGGAGGAGAUUAGGAGGUGCGAUCAAAUCAAAAGGCAGAAAAUACAGGUAUUUGUGGCAAAUGUAAGAACAAAGAUAAAGCUGAUGUGGGACAAUCUAAUGUACUCCCAGAAGGAACGCGAGGAAUUCGUCCAUUACUACCAGGACACAUUCACUGAAGAUGUUCUUACUUUACAUGAGUUGUAUUUGGAAAAACUCACCAAACACUAUAAUGAACAAAGGGAAAUCUUCGACCUGGUGGCGACGCGCAAGAACCUGUGGUGCAAGAUGACGGAGCUGGAGGCGCGCGCCACGGAGCCCGGCCGAUACCACAACCGCGGCGGACAGCUGCUCAAAGAGGAGAAGGAGAGGAAAGCUAUCGCCAGCAAUCUUCCUAAGAUAGAGGCUCAAAUACGGGAGUUGGUUACGGCAUAUCAAGAGAGAACUGGCAAUACUUUCACAGUGGACGGCAAACCAUUGCUUCAGCUGAUGUUGGACGAUUGGGAAGACAGGAAAGCAGAACGUCACAACAAGCUGUCUGCGCGCAAGCAGGCGCUGACGCCGUCCACACCCAUGUUCCGCUCCAUGGCCACCUCGCCGCUCGGGAAACGUAACCGCACCGCUGCCGGACUCGCCUCCACUGCUGAAAAGAACAGGUUGCCUGUAAAGCGUCAGUUGGUGACCGGCAGUGCUAACAAAGCGGUCUCGAACGCGCACAAUAUGUCUGCUCUUAAGAGAACUGCUAUGUCCACCAUUAAAAGGCGUAUAAGUGGCCGCUUGGUUGCCAAAGCAGGCGGAGAUGCGAAGGCCAAUCAAGUGAAGAGAAUGCUCGAUUACGGCGUUGAUUCCAAAACACCUAAAAUCGCUGUCAACAGUAAUAUACUAAAACACAAGCGAACGUCCCAUGGCCGCCGCAGCAAUGGAGGCCGUUCAAACAUCAGCUCGCAGGAGGAAGACAACACUCUGAAUAAAUUUAAGAACCCUCUCUCUGAAACUACACUUCUCACUACGUAUACAGACUUCAAGGAAUGUAUUGAUGAGAAUAAAAUCAGUCGUAGUUCGAUGGCGGUCAGAGAUCAAGAGGCGGCACCCAACGUACGUAUCGAAGUAUUUGACACCCCAAAAAGAACACCGCGAAGAAUUGUGCAAACUCCUAAGAUGGAGAAAGAGAACAUUUACCAUCACAAUAAAGUUCCCAACAUAAUGUGCACACCGCAACGACUAACCAGAUCAAAAUCCAUCUCCAAGUUGAACAACGAUGGCUUUGCAACUCCACAGCCAUUGAGUGCGAAGAAAGAUUAUUUGAGACAAAAUCCUGUCACACCUCUGUCAAUGAAAAACACACCUAAUAAUGUGAGGAGAUCAAAGUCACAAACGCAUAUGGCCAGAGCAAAAGACUUACCUCCGUUACUGUAAUGGCUGGACCAUAUUUAGGUGUUUGACUAUGUGAUAUUUAAACACUCAGAUAUAAAGGAACAGGAUAUUGUGACAAGUUACUGAUAAAUAUUAUAAAAUAGUAACUCUCUUACUAAUGUCCAUUGAAGUUUCUACUUUCUACGAUUUUAUUUCUACAGUUUGUGGUAAUUUUUUUUUGUCGACUGUACGUGAAUACUUUACUUGAUAUAGCAAAAAGAAAAUUAUGUUGAUGUUAACGAGAAGUAAUUUACGUUUUUUGGUAAAAAAAUCAGCAAUUAUUUAUCCUCUAUCAUGUUUCAUAUUAAAAGGUUUCCUCAUCGUGAGAAAACUCAUAACAUAGAAGUUUCUUUACAAUGAAGAUUUAAGAUUUAUCGCUAAUUUGAGAUUAUUUCGUUUUUACUAUGAUAAUAAAAUAAUUGUACAUAAUUGCAAAAAUGUUGGACUAAUUUCGUCCAAUUAAGAUGUCGUUUUUGAUAUUUGUUUUAAAAAAUUGUGGCGUUCAGCAAAAUUAAACUCUUUCCUUACGAUUUUCAUACUAAUUUAUAAAUACUUUGUUGUGUUUUUUUUUAAAUCUGUUCUUUUAAUAUUAAUGCACAUGUUAUUUUUAAAAUCUGUAGUUAUGAAGGUCUGAAGUGGAUGAUUUAGACGGCAAUCUGUCUGAAAGUAAAUUUUAUCAAAAUUGUGAAAAUAAACCUUCAUUAAUUAAGUUUGGUUUAACAAAGUAAAAGUUAAAAAAAAAAUAGUUUAGCUGUAUGUAGACGUUCAUAAAAUCCGUUUAUAAUUUUAUUAUAACUUCUAACCCACCAUUUUUAGUUUAUCAUGUAUCAAUAAUUAGUAUUUUAGUUUUCCCAUAAGUAUGUUGACUUUUAUAUUUUGACACAUUUUUAGUUUAGUUUCAUUGCAUUACUAACUUUAGUUGUAGUUUUGUAAAUAUUGUAUUAUUUAGGCAGCUUGUUUGUGUGCACUAGUACUUAAUAUUCGAUCAGUAUUUCAAUGAUACGUUUUCGAUAAACAACGCAAACUUUUGUGCCGUUGUGGAUAUUUAUAAUAAAGUAUAUAUAAAUAUCCAAACGGGAUAUUUUUCUAAUAA